CCCUGUGACAGGCGGCCCCGCCCGCGGCGACACCGCGCCGGGACAGCGGCGGGAGGGAGGCGGCACCGCCGGGGCGGCUGAGGGGGCUCCAGCCCGGCCCGGCCCGGAGCGACCCGCACUGAGCCCGGCCCGGCCCCGGCUGCCACAGCCCUCGGCUGCAGGGGACAGCCCUCGGCUAGAGGGGACAGCCCUCGGCUACAGGGGACACCCGCGCUGAGAACGGCAGGUCACUGAUAUCUGGGACCAGGGGACCCACUGGGCAGCUAUGAAGAGCUCUGUGCUCUGAGUGAACAAAGGCACUGUGGGCCUGGAGACGCAGAAGUGACUUCCAGAGCAUCCUCUGAGAAGCUCAGCCUGUAGAGUGGAGAACUUGUAAUCUGUUUGUGCUGACCUCGGAAAGCUGAGCAAAGCAUCAUGAGCAGCCAUCAGACAGUAAAAAUCUUCAAGAAAUCCUCUAUCCCAGGAGUUGUUGUCACUCAGUUUGUGAAUGAUGUUCCAUCAGGAUGCAGUACACCUGAUUUUGAGAAGAAACCACUCACUCUGACACUGCAGGAAGGUAAAAAUGCCAUUUUCAGAGCUGUGGUCAAAGGUGUCCCAGCUCCUGAGGUGAAAUGGUCACGUACACGGAAAGGAAUGGAUGAUCCUGCCAAAUAUGAAAUGUCCUUCAAUAGUGCUACAAAUGAAUUCAUUCUGCAGAUCAAGAGCCUGGUUCAGGAUGACAGUGAUUUGUAUCGUUGCUGUGCUGUCAAUGCCUAUGGAGAGGCCUCGUGCUCUGCUGGCCUCAGGAUCAUCCAAGUUGGCUUUAAGAGGAAGGCAAAAUAUGUUCCUGUUCAUGCUGCUGAUGAGCUCAAGAAGACACUCCUGGACUCCAGGAAGAUGCUGAGGAAGAGGGCUGCAGCACCAAAACCAAAGCCCCUGGACAAAGAAGCUGUGUGGCAGCUGCUGCUGCAUGCAGAUAGGAGAGAUUAUGAGAAAAUCUGUAUGAAAUAUGGAAUUGCUGACUUCCGUGGGAUGCUGAGGAAGCUGCAGGAGAUGAGGAAAGAAACAGAGAGUGAACAGGACAAGUUAAUUCACACUCUCAAAAACUUUGAACACAUCAAAGUCAACAAGGAGGGAAAUGCUACGUUCAGCCUGGAGAUGGAGCUGAAAAACAGCAACAGCAACGUUUACCUGCUCAAGGACGGCGAGCGGCUCCGGUACGGGACAGGGGAUGAGUACAGGAAGCACUGCCUGCGCAGAGUUGGGAGGAGGUACUACUUCACUGUCAACGAUGUGCAGCCAGAGGAUGCAGGGGUGUACCAGGUCAGGGUGGAGGACGUCCCUGUCUUCUCAACUGAACUGGAUGCUCAAGCCAUCCCGGCGCGGUUCCGGCAGCCGCUCUCCGACGUGCGCUGUGCCGAGGCCGGGGACGCCGAGUUCCAGUGUGUGCUGUGCACGCCCUGCCACCAGCCCCUGUGGCUGCACAAAAGCCACCCCCUCCAGGCCAGUGACAAGCACCAGAUCUCUGUGACACCUGAUGGCCUGACCCACAAGCUGAUUGUCAGGAACGUGGGGCCCUCGGACAGCGGCCUGUACACGCUCGACGCGGGACAGGGCUCCUCCAGCGCCUGGCUCCUUGUGGAGUAUGCCAAAGGAAAGAGGACACAGGAUGAAGGAGAAAAGAUUGAAAGGGAGACAUCUGAGUGGCUGAAAGAAACAAUGGCAGACAACGAAAGGGCAAGGAAGCUUCGGCGCCAAGAACAAGCUGCUGCUGAAGGUCGUCCUUCCUUUUCCACAUCUUCUGGUGUGGAGAAAAGUGGCUGGUCCAGAACAGGCCAAGGCAGCAGUCAAGGCAGGGGCCAAGGACACUCUGUUGAUUCUGAUGAUGGAAGCCAAAGAUUUUUGGGAAAAGAAGGGCUACGCAAAACCCACAUGAAUGGAGAGAUGGGGUCUGGGCAGUUUUCUGGAGCAGGUCUAGAUGGAGACUCAGCAGCCAGUGACGGCAGCAUCUUUGGGCUAAAAGGCUUAGGGGGCAGAAGUGGGUUAAGGGCUGUCCAUGGCAUGGACUCUGUGUCAGGCAGAGCAGGUCCAGGUGGUGCAGUAGGAGGGGCAGGUGAAUGGAAUUCUGUGGAUGGCAGAGGUGAAGGUUUGCUGGGUGCUGUUAAUGUUGACAUGGAUGAUGGAGAAGGUUUGGGCUCUCAGCAUGACAAGGAUGGGAAUUUAGGUGAUGCCAGUUACAGAGCUGGUUUUGGGGGUGCUGGGAGGUUGGGUGGUGAAAGUUCUGUGCCAGAUGGCCUUGAUCCUGAUUCAACUGGAGUGGGAGCCAGUGUGGGUGAUCUGUUCAGAAGGACUGGUCCAGGAGCUGGAGGUGGGGGGAAUGCUGCAGGUGCUGGAAUGGCAGGAGGAAUGAGAUCCCACCAUGGCAAGGAUGGGCAUGCCACUGUGGGUGAUAUGAAUGGAGCAGGUGUAAACAGAGAGGGACAAACAGGGACUCCCUAUGGCAAGGAUGGCCUGACACCUCAUGCCAGUGGUCAGUUAGGGCAGACAGGAAGAUCUGGUUCAUUGUAUGGGCCAGGACGCCUUCCAGGUGGAGAUGGGGCUACACCUGGUACAGGUGGCAAUUCUGCAGGAGAAAUGGAGGCUUUGUAUGGUCCAGAUGGUCAGGCACUGGCAGCAGGUGCUGGUGGAGCUGGUGCAGGGGGAUUUGGGUCUCCCUAUGGAAAGGAUGGUCUCCCAGCAGGUGCUGGUUUUGGUGGUGUUGGUGCAGAGGGACUUGGAGCUCCCUAUGGGAAAGAUGGUCUUCCAAUUGGAGCAGGUGCUCGUGGAGCUGGUGGUGCAGGGGGACUUGGAUCUCUCUAUGGAAAGGAUGGUCUCCCAGCUAGGGCUGGUGAUGCUGGUGUAGGAGGAUUUGGAGAGGCUUUGUAUGGUCCAGAUGGUCGGCCACUUGGAGCAGGUGUUGGUGCUGGUGGUGGUGCUGGUACAGGGGGAUUUGGAAUUCCCUAUGGAAAGGAUGGUCUCCCAGUUGGAGCAGGUGUUGGUGGGGUUGGUGUAGCUGGUGUAGGGGGAUUUGGAUCUCCCUAUGGGAAGGAUGGUCUCCCAGCUGGAACAGGUGCUGGUGGUGCAGGAGGAUUUGGGGAGGCUUUGUAUGAUGGUCGGCCACUUGGAGCGGGUGUUGGUGCUCGUGCUGGUGCUGGUGCAGGGGGAUUUGGAUUUCCCUAUGGGAAGGAUGGUCUCCCAGCUGCAGCUGGUGGAGCUGGUGUAGGAGGACUUGGAGAGGCUUUGUAUGGUCCAGAUGGUCGGCCAUUUGGAGCAGGUGUUGGUGCUGGUGCUGGUGCUGGUGCAGGGGGAUUUGGAUUUCCCUAUGGGAAGGAUGGUCUCCCAGCUGCAGCUGGUGGAGCUGGUGUAGGAGGACUUGGAGAGGCUUUGUAUGGUCCAGAUGGUCGGCCAUUUGGAGCAGGUGUUGGUGCUGGUGCUGGUGCAGGGGGAUUUGGAAUUCCCUAUGGAAAGGAUGGUCUCCCAGCUGGAGCUGGUGUUGGUGGGUCUGGUGGUACAGGGGGACUUGGAUCUCCCUACGGAAAGGAUGGUCUCCCAGCUGGGGCUAGUUUUGGUGGUGUUAAUGCAGGGGGAUUUGGAGUUCCCUAUGGGAAGGAUGGUCUCCCAGCUGGAGCUGGUGGAGCGGGUGCAGGAGAGGCUUUAUAUGGUCCAGAUGGUCGGCCACUUGGAGCAGGUGUUGCUGGUGCUGGUUUUGCAAGUGCCAGGGGAACUGGAGCUCCCUAUGGGAAGGAUGGUCUCCCAGCUGGAGCAGGUGCUGGCAUUAGUGGGGCAGGGGGUGUUGGGUCUCCUUAUGGAAAGGAUGGUCUCCCAGUUGGAGCAGGUGCUGGCAUUAGUGCUGCAGGGAGUGUUGGGUCUCCCUAUGGGAAGGAUGGUCUCCCAGUUGGAGCAGGUGCUGGCAUUAGUGCUGCAGGGAGUAUUGGGUCUCCCUAUGGAAAGGAUGGUCUCCCAGCUGGAGCAGGUGCUGGCAUUAGUGGGGCAGGGGGUGUUGGGUCUCCUUAUGGAAAGGAUGGUCUCCCAGUUGGAGCAGGUGCUGGCAUUAGUGGUGUAGGCAGUGUUGGGUCUCCCUAUGGAAAGGAUGGUCUCCCAGCUGGAGCAGGUGCUGGCAUUAGUGGGGCAGGGGGUGUUGGAUCUCCUUAUGGAAAGGAUGGUCUCCCAGUUGGAGCAGGUGCUGGCAGUAGUGGUGUAGGCGGUGUUGGGUCUCCCUAUGGAAAGGAUGGUCUCCCAGCUGGAGCAGGUGCUGGCAUUAGUGGGGCAGGGGGUGUUGGAUCUCCUUAUGGAAAGGAUGGUCUCCCAGUUGGAGCAGGUGCUGGCAUUAGUGGUGUAGGCAGUGUUGGGUCUCCCUAUGGAAAGGAUGGUCUCCCAGCUGGAGCAGGUGCUGGCAUUAGUGGUGCAGGGGGUGUUGGGUCUCCCUAUGGAAAGGAUGGUCUCCCAGUUGGAGCAGAUGCUGGCAUUAGUGGUGCAGGGGGUGUUGGGUCUCCCUAUGGAAAGGAUGGUCUCCCAGUUGGAGCAGGUGCUGGCAGUGUUGGGUCUCCCUAUGGAAAGGAUGGUCUGCCAGUUGGAACUGGUUUUGGUGGGGUUAAUGCAGGGGGACCUGGAGCUUACUAUGGGAAGGAUGGUCUCCCAUCUGGAGCAGGUGCUGGUGUUAGUGGUGCAGGGGGAGUUGGAGGUUCCUAUGGAAAGGAUGGUCUCCCAGUUGGAGCAGGUGCUGGUGGGCCUGGUGCAGGGGGAUUUGGGUCUCCCUAUGGAAAGGAUGGUCUCAUAGCUGGGGCUGGUGAAGGUGGUGUAGGACUUGGAGAAGCUUUGUAUAGUCCAGAUGGUCGGCCACUUGGAGCAGGUGUUGGUGGUGCAGGUUCUGCAAGUGCCAGGGGAAUUGGAGCUCCCUAUGGAAAGGAUGGUCUGCCAGUUGGAGCAGGUGCUGGUGGGGCUGGUGGUGCAGGGGGUGUUGGGGGUCCUUACGGAAAGGAUGGUCUGCCAGUUGGAACAGGUGAUGGCUUUAGUGGCUCAGGGGGUGUUGGGGGGCCCUAUGGAAAGGAUGGUCUGCCACUUGGAGCAGGUGUUAGUAGUGCAGGAGGUUUUGGGGAUCCUUAUGGAAAGGACGGUCUGCCACUUGGAGCAGGUGCUGGUGGGGCUGGUGGUGCAGGGGGUAUUGGGGGUCCCUAUGGAAAGGACGGUCUGCCAAUUGGGAGUGGUGGUGGUGGUGGUUCAGGGGGAGCUGAGAGUCCCUAUGGAAAGGAUGGUCUCCUAGCUGGAGCUGGUGUUAGUGGUGCAGGGGGUAUUGGGGGUCCCUAUGGAAAGGAUGGUCUGCCAGUUGGAACUGGUUUUGGUGGUAUUAAUACAGGGGGACCUGGAGCUCCCUAUGGGAAGGAUGGUCUCCCAGCUGGAGCAGGUGCUGGUGUUAGUGGUGCAGGGGGAGUUGGGGGUCCCUAUGGAAAGGAUGGUCUCCUAGCUGGGGCUGUGGCAGGAGCUGCUCAUUUUCCUCUUGGAGGUGAGAAAGCAAUGGGAUCUGGCUGUGGCACAGAUGCCACACUGAGCAGAACUCCGGGAUAUGCAGGCAGAGCAGGAGGAGAGGGUUUUUCCAGGGAAGGCUCUGCACUGUGGGGUGCAGGGUCUCCCUGUGGUGAGAACAGAGGGUCAGCUGUAGCCACAGCUGGUGCAGGUGGAGUUGGGAGGUUGGGAGGGGACGAAUGGGAUUCAGUCCGUGGUAAAGGAGGUGUGGAAACUGCUGGUGGACCAGGUGGUGAAUAUGGGCUGGAUGCACAUCUUGGCAGAUCUUUGAGAGGUGAAACUGGAAAGGGCACUGCCAGUGAUGUCAGAGGGCCAGGGAACAAAGGUUCAGCUGGUGACAGAGGGUCCCUGUCAGGUCCAGGAGGAGCCAGGGGAGAGGGCAGAGAUUUCAGACAGUUGGACUCCCUUUAUGACACAAAUUAUGCCUUUGGAGAGGCAGGGAGUAAAUCCCAUGACAGAUCUGUUGACGGAAGUAGUUCAGGUGGGUUUGGUCAAGGUCCACUGAGUUAUGGCCAGAUGUCAGGUCCUUUUGGUGGACCUCCUUCAGCAAACCAGAGAAACCAGGAACCUGACCUGGAUCUUAAAGCAAAUGAUUCCCUGAACAACACGGAAAACACAGCACAAAAGAGACGGAGUGUCCUGGAUGAUAUCAAAGUCCCGCGCUGUUACCUCAACAAGCAGCUGGCAACCGUGCGAGUGCUGAAGGGGGACCCAGCUGAGCUGUCCUGCACUGUCAGCAAGGACAACGUGACAGGAACCUGGUUUAAGGAUGGCCUCAAGUUAACAAGUAUGGAUGGAGUUGUCUUUGAAAAGAAAGGUCUUGUCCACAAACUGAUCAUCAACAAGGCUGAAGAUAUUCAUGCUGGGAAAUACAGAUUUGAAGGUGGAGAUGUAAAAACUGAAGCUUCAAUUUUUGUUGAAGAUCCUCCCCAGGUGGACAAAGUUCUCCUCAAGAACUUGACCAGUGUCCCCACAGUGGCCAAGGCCGGGGAGGGGGUGAAGCUGCGGAUCCCGUUCGAGGGCCGGGGGCCCAUCAGGGCAGCGUGGCUGAAGGACAGGAUGGAGCUGGGGGAUGACACCAGGAUCCGUGUGGACAAGACAGACACCUGCACCACACUGUCCAUCUCCAGCUGUGACAGGAGGGACUGUGGGGAUUACAAAGUCAGGCUCAAGAACGACAGUGGUGUCCUGGAGAUCGACCUAAAGCUCGUGGUGAUAGACAAGCCACAGCCUCCAGCAGGACCCAUCAAAAUUGUAGAAAGCUCUGCCAACAACAUCACAAUCCAGUGGAAGCCCCCAAAGGACGACGGGGGCAAACCAGUGCAAAGGUACCUCGUGGAGAGGCAGCAGGUGGGCAGGAACGACUGGGAGACUUUGGGAGAAACCCCCAGGAGCUGCACCAGCUUCACCACGAGCAAAGUGGAGGAAGAGAUGAGCUACUACUUCAGGGUGAGGGCCGUGAAUGCCGAGGGAGCGAGCGAUGCGCUGGAGUCAGGGGAAGUGAAGGCUGCUGGUAAAGCUUCCCCUGGUGCCCCAGGUCCCCCCGAGAUCAUCAGUGCCAGCAGGGACUCCAUCACCAUAUCCUGGAAAGCUCCUUGUAAAACCGGCACUUCCCAAAUUAUGGGAUACAUUGUUCAGAAACGCAAGAAGGGCACUGUGACCUGGCUGCCAGUCAACAACGUGCCUGUCAAAGACAAGAAACUGAAGGUGAGCAGCCUCAAGAAGGGUGUGCAGUAUGAGUUCCGCGUGGCAGCUGUCAAUGCUGCUGGCACAGGACAGCCCAGUGACCCCUCAGAGCCUGCCUUUGCCCGGGACCCCACCAAAUCUCCAAGCCAAGUGCAGGGCCUUAAAGUGAGCAGCAGUGACAGCACCAGUGUCACCUUGACAUGGAACAAACCUGAAGUAGAAGAUGGGAAUGAUGUGAAAGGCUACGAGGUGGAGAUGAGGCCCUGUAACAGCCUCAGCUGGACCAAGUGCUUCACCCUCCCUGCGGAGAGCACCUCGUGCAGGGUCCAGGGCCUGCGGGCCGGGGAGAAGCUGUUCCUGCGCGUCAGGGCCCUCGGCGACGGCGGCCCCGGGGAGGCCUCGGAGCUCGAGGCGUGUGCUGGAGCUGCUGCUGCUGUGGUCUCUCCCAGGUUACUGAUAGAUGACACGGUGAAAAGCUUCCUGGUUAUAAAAGCAGGGAAUCCCAUCCGGGUGAAGAUUCCCUUUGAGGGGUCUCCCGAGCCGGUGGUGACCUGGUUAAAGGAUGGGCUCCCCCUUCCCAGCCGGGCUGCCGUGAGCACCGAGGAUGGAAGCAGCCAGCUGCUGCUCAGGGCAGCCGAGCUCAGUGACAGCGGCACCUACACUGUGGAGCUUGGGGAUGGGCUGGGCAAAAGGGAGACCUUCAGCUUCCAGGUUCAAAUUACAGAUAUCCCUCAGCCCCCUGGAGCCAUCCGGCUGGAGGAGAAUGUGCCCAACACAGUGACAGUGACCUGGGACCCCUCAGCAUCUGAGCAGUGGGAGAAGAACCUGUAUUACACUGUCCUGAAACGGGAAUCCCAGAAGGGCCUGUGGCAUGUGCUGGGGGACCUGAUCUACAACAACAAGUUCACCUUCACCAGGGUGGUCCCAGGCAGGGAUUAUUACUUCAGGGUUGUGGCAAAAAAUGACCUGGGAGUCAGUGAUCCAUCAGAUACUGUGCAGCCCUGGAGGAUCUGGAAGAAAAAGGCUGAAUUUCGAGUGAAAGCACAGAAAUACAGGGGAGUUAACCAGAACCAGCCCCCGAGGUUCCUGGUGCCCCUUAAGUCUCACGUGGUGGUGACGGGCAGCGAGUGUCACAUGAGCUGUGCUGUUGGAGGCCAUCCCCCACCAAAAAUCACAUGGUACAAGGACAGCAGAGACCUCUCCAGAGAUCCCAACUACUUCUGCACCAACGACUUCGGGGUGUGCUCCCUGGUGGUGCUGGGGGUCACCAAGCAGGAUGAGGGGGAGUACAUGGUGGAAGCCAGCAAUGAAGUGGGCCGUGCCUUCAGCAAAGCCUUCCUCGCCAUCAAAGACUCCUCCCUGUAGCAUGGCUCUGCUGAGAACAUCCCUGCCUGGCUCUGAGGAUGAGAAGGUUCUGGUGAGGACUUGUCCAUAUGAAGGCUGUGCAUUUAUUGUCAGAUGUUCUUUACAGUCUGAGGGUGUUAUUUUUCAGGUCCAGUAAUUGUAUGUUGAACAUGAUGCUGCAUUGCCAUCAAUACUGGGGGAAAAAGCUUUAAGAGCACUGUAUUUUUUUUUCAAUAAUCAGGCUUUCUAUGAGACCUUUAAAACACAGCUUAGAAGUUUCAGGAACACAGAAGAUGAGAGGAAGAAUAAUUGGCCAAAAUGAAACUUUCUGUGGAGAACACAGGUGUGUGGGAGAGAUCAUCCUGCCACACCACUCACCCACAAUAAGGACCUUUCUGGACAUCAGGGAUCUCUGGUCCUUUCACAUCUGCUUUUUCAAACCAGAACAAUCAUUUUGGAUUCCUUGUGAUUCUUUUCAGGCUUCCCAAAUAUGGCAAAAGCAGUUCUGCAUAUGUUGUACUAUCAGUAGCUGCUAAGUAGAUUAUCUUCCCUAACCCCUAAGUUUAAAAGAUCUGCCUGCUCAUUUUGUCUGGGCAGGAGAUGAAAUCUCAGACCAGCCUGGCAUGGGAUAGGUGAAGCUCCCAGUGCAAAUGCACUGGUAGGAAGGACUGGCAGUCUACAACCCCUGUGUGGGCAGAGCAACUCCCAGGACCCACAAAGUGUGCUGUACAAAGGCUGUGCCAGUCCUGAAUCACCCCCAGCAUCACCUGUGCAUCCCAACAGGCACUGCUGGGAGCCUUUGCCUUGAGCAGAAAGAGGUAAAAAUCCUUUCUGUCUGACCAGAAAUACGAGGGACUCCCGGGACCUCCUGCCACAGCCAGGGGUUCCCAUCACUGGGCCUGGACAGCAAAAUGUUCUGGGGGCUGUGGGAGGGUGUCACAGCCAGAGCACCAAGGGUACUUUGUGACAGGAGAGAGCAGAGCCAAACACAGCUGUGGGGCUGGAAUGUUCUUGGGAUUACAUUUUGUACAAUGUUGUACAGAUGUAGCAGCAGGAGAAAACGAAAUUAAACCACAAUUCAGUGAAAUCUA